UAUUCUCUCUCUCUCUUUUUCUUUUUCCCUUUUCUUGUAAAGUGCCAAAUAUCAUGUCACUUCAAGCUCAGGCAUUUUCCUUUUUAUUCCCUGGAAAUGCUAUGGUCAAUUCCUUAUUAGCCACUGCUUAUAUUUCCAUUUUUCCAAACUUAUUACUUUAUUUUGUACCUCCUGAUAUCAAUACUGCUUCUCUCAAUACCUUGGUUAGUUUUGCUGUUGGUGGUUUACUUGGAGAUGUCUUUUUACACUUGUUACCUCAUGCUUUCCUUGGUGAACACGAUGACCAUAGUCAUACCGCGUUAGUGGAAGUGGACAACAAACAAAAUGUAUUAGUAGGAUUAGGUAUCUUUGGUGGCUUCUUUUUCUUUUUUAUUAUGGACAAGAUGAUGAGAGUCAUGAAUGGAGGAAGCGGACAUAGCCACGAUCAUGGUACAGCACACAGCCACGAUCAUCACCAACUUGACAAGAAAAUCGAUGACAAACCUGAAGGUUUACGCCAACGAAAAGAUACCAAAAAACAACAAGAAAACGACAAUCAUACAGUAGAUACCAAGCAACAACAACCAGAUGCCAGCAUCAAACUUAGUGCUUAUUUGAAUUUAUUAGCUGAUUUUACUCAUAAUAUGACGGAUGGACUUGCCAUGGCUGCUUCCUUUUAUGCAUCUCCUGCUGUUGGUGCUACUACUGCCGUUGCUGUAUUUUUCCAUGAAAUCCCUCAUGAAGUUGGUGAUUAUGCUAUCUUGAUUCAAUCCGGCUUCUCCAAGAAACGUGCUAUGAUGGCUCAAUUCACUACUGCUGUGGGCGCUUUUCUAGGAACACUGAUUGGUAUCUUUAUUGAAGAAGCUUCUCAACUCGGUUCUUCUCAUGAUCACAAACACGCCGUCGUUGGUUUAUUAGGUACUCAACUGCAGUGGGGCGAUCUGGUCAUUCCUUUUACGGCAGGUGGUUUCUUGUAUAUCGCUACUGUGGGUGUUAUUCCUGAAUUACUGGAAGUGACGGGCAAAGUCAACAAGGACAAAAAUCAAGCUUUCAAAGAAUUUACUGCCAUGUUGAUAGGUCUUGGUUUGAUGGUCGCUAUUGCUUGGAAUGAAGUAUAACUUGGAACAUAUUGAUGGAUCUCUGGAUAAAUAGAUAUUAUUUUCUAUGUGUGUAUGAGUCCUUCCUUCCUCUCUCUCUCUUUUUUUUUUUUUU